GUUUGUUGGGAUUGGAAGUCGAUAGUAGUCGUUUAACAAUGGCAGGGAAUAGGCCCAACUUGGAAGAUAAAUUGGAGAAGUAUUGGAGGCGUCUCUUUUAUUUGCAGCCAAAUGCUGAACCCACUCCCUUGGAUCCGUGUACAGUGGAAUACUUUGGAGUUUUCAGUAUUAGCGAUCCCCAGGCCGCAGACCGAAAACUUUGGUGCAUUUAUUGCUGUCGGAAGCCGGAAAUUCCCCACGUUGUGGAGAGUCUACGCCAGAAAUAUGGCAAGAAGAACAUGUACGAAAUAUAUCAGAAGCCUACAUUUAGUGGAGAGGAUUUUCGUAAGAUCGUGAAAGAUUAUUUCUCUGACCUAAAGUGGUUUGCCAGUGGAAAUCUCUUGGAAGCGCCUCCAAAUAGUUACUAUAAUGAUGAGAGGUUCGUCAAAACUAUUUCAGAUCUUCACGACAAAGAGCAAAGAAGACUCUUUGACUACAUAAUGGUACAGCACGAUUGGUUUAAGCGGUACAAUGAUCAAAAACCACCCCCAAGCCGGCAUUAAAAAUGUAAAUAAUA